GGGUUGGAAGCAGUCAGAGAAACCUACGUGAGAUUAAAGACAGUAAAUAAAUACUUGGUUAAAUGUGAAAUCGAGGCGUUUUUACCCAAAGACAGAAACGUGCAAAUGGAAAACUAUACUGGAAAUGAAACGCAAGUUCUGUCGGAAACUUACGCCACAGAUGCCGACACCGGCGUGAAUGGCGUGCGGACGCUAAUUGGAUGCAUUUUGUUUGUUCUCAUUGUGUCUACACUGCUGGGGAACACGCUCGUGUGCGCCGCAGUCGUUAAAUUCAGGCACCUCCGGUCCAAGGUAACCAACUUUUUCGUGAUUUCUCUGGCGGUGUCUGACCUCUUCGUUGCCGUCCUUGUGAUGCCAUGGGAGGCAAUAUCUGAGGUGACUGGCACCUGGCUGUUUGGUAGAUUUUGUGGCAUAUGGAUAGCUUUUGACAUUAUGUGCUCGACAGCAUCAAUUCUUAAUCUGUGUAUCAUAAGCGUGGACAGAUACUGGGCUAUAGCAAGUCCUUUUAGAUAUGAACGGAAAAUGACCCACAGAGUUGCAUUUAUCAUGAUUGGAGUGGCGUGGACGCUGUCAAUUCUCAUAUCCUUCAUACCUGUCCAACUGAACUGGCACGUGGCCGAGGAGGAGACAUCAGCGGGGAACGUUAGCAACCACUCUGAGAACUGCAUAGCAAACUUGAACAAGACCUAUGCUAUUUUCACAUCACUGAUCAGUUUCUACAUCCCAGUUGUCAUCAUGGUUGCCACCUACACGAGGAUUUUCCGUAUUGCGCAAACACAGAUACGGAGGAUAUCCUCAUUGGAGAGAGCUGGGGAGCAAGCGCAAAAUAACCAACACCCAAACGUUUGCGCACACGAAAACGCAUUGAAAACUGCUUUUAAAAAGGAAACAAAAGUCUUAAAGACCCUCUCCAUUAUCAUGGGAGUUUUUGUUUUUUGCUGGCUGCCCUUUUUUGUCCUAAACUGCAUGGUACCUUUCUAUGAUCCUCCGUGUGUAAGCGACACCACGUUUACAAUUUUCGUUUGGUUUGGUUGGGCCAACUCUUCGUUAAACCCUGUAAUUUACGCAUUUAACGCGGAUUUCAGAAAAGCCUUUACAACUAUUCUAGGCUGCAAUAAAAUGUGUUCAAGCAAUACAUUGGAGGCUGUUAAUUUCAGCAAUGAAUUGGUGUCCUAUCACCACGACACAACGCUCCAAAAAGACGCACAAGUCUUAAUGGCUACACACCAUCCAAACGCAAUCCCCAAUUUGGGAGAGGACACAGCCCCACUGUUCGACAAAGUUUCUCUUAUCUCAAUCGCAUCCCGCAAUCACAAGAACAUGUUUCUGCCAGCCAAUGUCCAAUUCCAGUGUGAUGAGGAAAUGUAA